UGAAGCGAAUCUCCAAUUUUGAAGACAGCUUUUGCCCUCUUUUUGCCCCAAAUGUCGUUGUAACAUUAAUAAAACGUUGUCACACUUAUUCACAAGAUUAAACUGGAGUAACCAGUGAAGUUCUACGAAAGACGCUGCUGUAGUUAAGACAGAAAUGAUUGCCGAUACGGCGGUGUUCUCAUCCAGUCCGUGGGGCUCGGAUAUGCUGUUCAACAAGGACUUGUUCAUGUUCAACCAAGCCAAUGAGAGCAAGGUGGAUGCUUACAGUCUCGAUAUGGACAUUGCAACAUUAGAGGCUGAACUCGAGAGAGUAAAGAACUACAGUAAUAACAGUGUAGAAACGCGACUAAUGAAUGACACUCUGAACAGUGCAUCUUGUAGUGUUGCUGGUUCAGAUUAUAGUGAUGAGGCUUGUCUAGACGUCGACCAACAUGUCAGUGAUGAGUUGUUCCCAGUCUCCGAGGAACAGGAGUUCCUUAGUUCAUCUUUGAGUCACUUGUUGGAAGGGACAAUUGCAGAAAAUGGCAACAUGCUGUUGAGUUGGACGGAAGAUGAUGAGGACGACAGCCCUUCACAAUCCACCAAUACAACAACAUCAUCAGAGGAGACAAUAAAUGUUGACGUAGACGCCAUCAUCAUUCCCAGCAUGCCAUGCUCCCCUUGCUCACCAAGGUCACCAUCACCGUCUCCAAUGUUGUCGCGGCCGCUCAAACGAAAACAGUGUUGUAUUCUGGACGACACAAAGUUGUGGUGUGAAAUGUGUGAUGAAGAACAGAUAACAACUGUUGAGGAGCUCAGUGAAAUGAUCAGUGGAGAGUUGGGUCUACGGGAGCAGUUGGAUGUUAUACGAAUCAUCUACCCAGAGGCAAAUAUCAGUCCUGCCGACACAGAGUUUGUUAUAGACUUAGACUACCUAGAUGACGACAAAUUACAGCAAGUCCGGGACUAUAUCCGACAACAAACGAAAUCGACAAAUCGCCACAGUCUAACGUCAUGUGAUAGCUGUAAUGAAACAAAUUCGCCGGUACAGAAGAAACACACGAAGAAACAGUCGCGGGAAAGACGAUCACAGCAGAAAGAGUUGCGUCAACGCCAGCGGAAAGAAUACCGCCAAAUGAUGAAGGAACGCAGGAGUGGCUUGUUUAAGAAGGAGGAAGUACUGUCUCUUACGACGCCCGCUACAUCUCGCGAAGAUCUCGACCCAGAUGGAGAUGAUAUAGACAUUCUGGAUUAAAAAUACACCAUUCUAGAAUUAUAUUUCAUUUCUUAAGAAAAAAAAAUGUCCAGCAUACAAUCAUAGGUUGAAAUGUUCCUCCAGGUGUUGGUAUCUAAAUCGGGUUAUGACAACAAACAAACAAAAUCGCCACAGAUAUGCCUUCGAAAUUGAGAUAAAAACGUUCACAGGAAAUGUUUUUGUGUCUCUGCGUCUGACUGCUUUCAGCAGUUAGUGCAUGUAUGUAUAUCAAAAUGCGAUGUUGGCCUGAACAAAAGAAUGCAUGCAUUAUAUUUAUACCUGGUUAUGAUCGCUCUCUUGACACUCUGUAAUAGCCCUUGCUCAACUGACCAUAUCUGGAGGAACUUUUCACCCAGACUCCAAAAAUUGAUGUCAGUUAUUCUGAAAUCUUGAUUAUGCCUUAUAAAUUAUUUUGAAUGUUUAUUGUAUUUCUAAUUUCUACACAUUAUUUCUCUUUGAUAAGUUAUAAUAAGUUAUAAGAACUAUUAUUUCGAGAUGAUGUCAGGUAUUUUAAACACCAAAGGCAUGUUCUAAUUAUUUUCUCCAAAUGGCACAAUGAAUAUUCCAAGGAAAUUUUAAUAGACACCCGUAACUUAUCAAAUUAUUUUUUCGUCGCAUUCGUUAAAUGAACUGCAUGAACUUAUGAGAUCUGAAUAAUUGACUUCAAAACAUGGACUGGAGUAAAACCUGAAAUGUAGCAUGUGCCAUAAAUGCUAUCCUGUCUUGUACAAUAACGAAAAUCUUAUACUCUACUGCAUUUUAUAUGUAAGAUGAAUUUAUGGAUAUUUGGAGGAGAAAGUGUCUGUAAUUCAUUAAGAAUUUCAAAAUGAUUUGAAAAUGUACCAUGAUGAAUUGAUAAAUUGAUGAACAAUAUUUAAUAUUCAAGAAUUUGUACCAGGAUAGCAAUGCCUGUCGCAUGUUGUUGUUGCAGGUUUGAUACUAUGAGAGAAAAAGAAAACCACUAUAUUUGGCUGAAAUAUGUUUCCUGUGUAUGUGUAUCGGUUCAGUCUGAAUUUCUUAUCACAAUGAUUCUACUGGUUGAGUUCAAUUGAUCGCUUUGUAGCUGCUCUUUGAAACCCCAGUUAGUUUUCUUUGGAGCCCGUCGAUAAGACAGAUACUGAGAGCCUCGGCCUUGAAAGCGUUUUAAACACAUCAGUAAAUCAGUGAUAUCUGUGUAUAAUUCGCAAUGCUCUUACUUUGAUAUGAGCAACAAGAUUUUUCCCUUUUCUUCAAGAUGAAAACAACAACUUACAGUUCACGGGAAAUAAAUAAA